AUGCAUAUUAGUCUAUAUCGUACCACGAUUUGGCUCUUUUGUUGCUUCACCUUAUGCCGCGCCAAAACGGAACCGGAGGUGCUCCUGGUCAUCGCAUGCCCGCCAUAUCCACGCCAGGCCCAGGACGAGUGCUUCGCCUUGGCCGGCAGCGUAAGAGAGCAGCAUCGACAACUGAAUCUGACAAGAGACAUCGCCCUCGGCAACUAUGUGGUCAAGGUUCACGUAAUGCAUGAGCUUUUCAAUUACUGGACCCUACUGGAUGCACUGCCUCAUUUGCAAAGCCAAACCAGCUUAGUGAGUAAACGCACUGAAUGGAUUAUCUGGUGCCAGCACAACACGCAGGUUGCCUCCUUGCGCGAUCUGCUUAAGCACCUGCGUUACCAGGACCAUGAUGAGCUCGCCUUUUAUGGCCACGCCCUGUAUGAUUCGGAGGCCACCAUUAUACAUCACUUCUGGCACUACAAGGAUCCGCGAUGGUUCCCGUAUCCCAUGCUUAGCGCCGGACUGGUUUUCACUGGCUCUUUAUUUAGAAGGCUAACAAAACUUGUUGCUCUUAAUGCCCAAAACAACAGCCGUCCCAGUGAGUUCUCCAUCGACGCCUCUCAUGAGCUGGCGCGCUUUAUAUUCGACAACAUACGGCCCGACGACGACGGCGACCACCCGGAGCAUCGCGUAGCAGCGUUGUCGAGGAAAAUCAUUCUGAAAAAUGUCCCCUACAUUUGCCCCAUGGCCAUAACUACACAAUCCCCAAAGAGUCCGACAAGAGGAGCACCUUCUUGUGCUCUAUAUGCAAAGCCAAAGGAGCCAUAUGUUCCGGGGCUGACAUCGACGACUUUAGGGGACCGGAAGAAGCACUGUGUGCACACAACGGGAUCUCACAUCUAUUUCGCAAUCAAAACCUGUGCAAAAUUCCAUAAGGAACGCAUUCCAAUCAUUGAGCGCACUUGGGCAACCGACACCCACUACCGGAGAUACUACAGCGAUGUGGCAGACGACGGCAUACCGACAAUCAGCACGGGGAUACCGAACGUUCAGACUGGACAUUGUGCCAAAACAAUGGCUAUUUUACAAUUAUCCCUCAAGGAUAUUGGCCUGCAAUCGGACAUACGCUGGCUGAUGCUGGUCGAUGAUGAUACCUUGCUAAGUGUGCCCCGUGUCAGCGCCCUACUGAGCUGCCACAAUCAUUCGGAGCUCGUGUAUGUGGGCCAGCGCUAUGGCUAUCGCCUGCAUGCCCCAGAUGGCUUCAACUAUCACACAGGAGGAGCCGGCAUCCUGCUCAGCCUGCCGUUGGUGCGGCUCAUUGUGGACCGAUGCAGUUGUCCCAGCGCCAGUGCUCCCGACGACAUGAUCUUGGGCUACUGCCUGCAGGUGCUCGGGGUUCCGGCAGUGCCAGCGGCGGGGAUGCAUCAGGCGCGGUCGCAGGACUAUGCCAUGGAGUUGUUGCAGCUGGAGCCGCCCGUCUCGUUUCACAAGUUCUGGGGCACGGAACCGGAUUACACCUAUAGCCGCUGGCUGGGUGGCAAAUUGGGUAACCGGAGUGCUCCGCUUACGGCUGACAGGGAACGGAGUGCUGCUGCUCCUGCUGCUUCAGUGCACCUGCUCGGUAGGCUACCUGUACCUGGCGGAGGAGUACUUCCCCUCGAGGCGGUGCUGGAAUCUUCGGGAAAGCAUUUGGAUCUUUAGUUUCCAAUAUCCUUCGUAGGCUUUUAAUAAUACUAAUUUUUGAAAAACUUAU